AUGGGUCCGCGAAAAGGAAUGAGCCCGAACGGUACCGGAAGCCGUGAGGAGUUGUGGGAGAAGUACUUUGGACCAGUUCAGAAGCUAUCAGAGUCCGCCCAAAUCGAAGGGACGUCCGAAGUACCGGCUACUAAACGCAAGCGAGCGGACACCGUGGGAGACACAGCUGAACCUCUUGAGGAACAGGUCACUCGCCUCAAGAAGCAGCUCGAUGAAGCAUAUAGGUUCAUCGCGAAGUCAGGCGAUGGAUUAAGGGCUCCGGAGUCGAUCCGAGUCCAUCUGGACACAUUUCUUGGUGCAACCGCUGUAGCGAGCAUGAUUCGUAAUCGCACCGACCGCAUUUGUGGUGCCAUGGAGAGCAAAAUAUUCAAUGCCAAAAAAUCAGGCGUUACGUCGGACGAUCUAUCGAAGAAGCUCGAGGAGGUGCUACCAGACAUUGCAAGGCUUAGUCGCAUGCCGGAGGCAGAAUCAAUGAAGCUCGCAUGGGAUUUGGUCGUCGAUGCUUCCGAGCGAUCGUGGAUUGAUGCAACGGGAGCCUCGACUGGCUACGGAGACCGUGGGUUCGAUAUACCUGCUGACCUUCUGCUCGAGCACAUUGCGAUAGUGUGGAAAGACACGCGCCCUGGAUGGAACUACAAGCAGGAUAGAGAGGAACUAGCAAGGCAUCGAAGGCAGGUGGGAGAAUGUCUGGACGAGGAGGAAAACCAUUUUUAUACUCGUACUUUGGCGCUCAUGAAAUCAUGGUGA